GGUGUCAAAAAGGUAAAUAUGUCGUAAGAGAAAACGGCGCGUUUUCGCUUUAUUAUGGGCGAAUACCCAAUUCAAAUCAUGGAUGACAUGAAAAAGGACAAAGCGAAACGUACAAAACAGGACCAGGUAACUCAGGCGGUUUUUAGUUACCUACAAAAACGCAACUAUCCCAUAACCUCACCGUGCGAGGUAACCUGCGAAGAAAUGCACUCGGAUUUAUUGGUGGAUAGAGAGAUUAGUCGACCAAACGCAGUGAUGUAUAAUUGUUAUAACAGUGAUCCGGCGGUUAUUGACCAAAAUUAUUUAAAAUUUGUGUCUUGGUUAAAAGAAGUGGGAAAAAAUAAGGAUUAUGAAGAUUUGUUGAGUCUUUUGGGGCCAUUAUUUUGUCACUUAUAUUUAGAAAUGAUACAAAGAGGUUAUACAGAAAAAGCGGCGAACUUUUUAAAAACUCAUUUCAAUACUAUUGAUAAAAGUAGAUGUAACGAGACCAUUUUAAAAUUGCUUCAUAUGUUUACAAAUGAUACCCCUGAUUUGAGUGAUUUAAAGAAAAAGUUUAGAACAAAUAAAUAUAGUGUGAAAUUAAAACCAAAAUCAUUAGAAAUAUUAAAGAAAUUUUUAGAAUCCUGCCACAUGGUUAUGUUGCAAGUUUUUCAAUCAUGUUUUGAGGUUAAUUUUGAAGAGGAAAAAAUGGAUGUAGAUAAUAAAGUUGUAGAGAACAUUGGAAAUGGGUUAGAUAACAAUUCAAUUCCAGAUUUGGAUAAGUUAAAAAGUGUAAUAAAUAGUUUAAAAAACGAUCAUUCACAAAUUUGUUCUAUGGUUUUAAGAAACUUAAAAGAAGAUGCAACAUGUGGGCUUAUAAAUCGUGAAGCUGGCAUUGCAAUUUAUUCAUACAACUCCAGUAUUUUCAUAAAACCCAUCAUAACGUUAAAACAACUUCAAGGAGCUGAUGAAUUAAAUGAUAUAGUUUUUAGAGAACAUAGAAAACGAGUUUACGACGUUUCUUAUAUUCCAAAACAUAACUUUUUAGUUUCUGCUUCUCAAGACAGUACAUUACAAUUAUUUGAUCUCAAUAAUUAUACACACAAAUUAGUUUAUAACAGUCAUAAUUACCCAGUUUAUUGUGUAUCUUCAACAUCAAAUUAUAUUGCAUCAGGUUCAUAUGAUCACACAGCAAGAUUAUGGUCUUUAGAAAACAAUAAUACUUUACGGGUUUAUGUUGGACAUACACAAGAAGUAACUAGUAUAGAUUUUCACCCGAACGGUUUAUAUUUAUGUACAGGAUCAGCGGAUAAGUGUCUUAGAAUGUGGACUAUAAAUGACGCAAAUCCAGUUCGAUUAUUUCUUGGUUCUAAAGGAAUAAUUUAUUCGCUAGCUUAUAGUUCUAAAGGGAAAUAUUUAGCGAGUGCGGGAGACGAUAAAAGGGUGAGAAUUUGGGAUUUAGUGGGUGGAAAACAAAUAUUUGAAUUAAAAGUUGGAUCUGAUCCGAUAGUGAAAUUAUCGUGGAAUAGUGACGAUACAGUUUUAUGUGCGGGAACGAACGAAGGGUUAGUAAGGACUUGGGAUGUUAAUAAUAUCGGAAAUAUGGGCGAUUCUGGACAGUGUAAUACAAAAUGUAGCGUAAAUCUUAAUGGCAAAUUGUUGCAUAUUGAAAAUAGUAUGGGUUCGUUUGGUUGUCUCACUGCAAAAAUGUCUAAUUCAUCUCCUCUUUAGUUUUUAAAUAUUGUAUAAUUUGUAAAACGGUGAUUGUAUAUUUGUUUUAUUUA